AUGGAGAAAAUCUUGGGGGAGAGAGAAAAGAGAAGAAAACAGAUGAAGGAUUUAGGAUUGUUACAUAAUACUUUCCAACCUCUUGUGAGCAUCGCAGAACGCAAUUCUAUGGCAGAUCAAGUUAGCACAAUCGAGCAAAAACCUCCCCUUGGUUGGUUAGAUUGCCCUCCUCAAAGCAAGCCCAUCGGAUUCUUCGUUGCAUCAAAAACUCCUUUAAGUAGUGCUUAUGACUCUCAUAUUCCUCAAAAUCAACGUUAUAGUCCCCACCAAUCCUUGAAAUUGGCAGAGAGUGUUGGCAUGAAAAUUACCAUGGUAAUCGAUUUGACAAAUACGAGUCGAUAUUAUGACCCUGUUGUUUUUGAGCGAGAAGAUAUUCGUUAUGUUAAAAUACAGUGCCGGGGUAGAGAUGGUCCGCCAGACUCGUGCGCAAUAAGUAAAUUCAUCUACACUGUUCAAAGCCAUCGAGCAAUCAUAGGAUUGGAGGGGUAUUCUAAUGAUUACAAAUCUGGUAUUUUAGUACACUGUACGCAUGGUUUCAAUAGGACUGGGAGCAUGAUUGUUCAUUAUUUACAGCGUUCUGAACAGUGGCCAGAUCUGAACAAGCAUAUUCUAAUUUUUUCAGAAUGUCGACCUCCUGGUAUCUACAAGCAUAAAUAUUUAGCGAAACUUUAUGAAAGUUAUCUUGAAAUUAAGCGGGAUUCUCUAGUUUUCCCAGAUAUACCGUCAUGGAAACAUUCGGCAUUUGCACCCCCAGUAUCAGUCAGUAAGACUACAGAUUUAUUUUGUGCACAAAAAUUUUCACGAGUGCAGGCUCACUUCUCUCCAGAAAAAUAUACAUAUCCGGUUCCCUUACGUUAUUCAGGAAUUAAAUUUUCGAAGUUAAAAACCUCUUUGGCAGAAUUAGACGACGUACUUGGAGAAGAAGUUUGUGAUGAACAAGUAUUGGAAGUUCAAAAACUAUGCAUAUGGGUAUGCUUCAAUGGUAAAAGUUCAGCAGGAGCUACAAAAAAUAAACUUUCUUUCCCAGGUUCUCAACCUGUCAGUCUGAGUAAUGCGAAUAUCCAUAUGAUUAGAGAACAAAAAUACAGUGUUACGUGGAAAGCUGAUGGCGUACGAUAUUUAUUACUUAUUUUGCGAGAUGGUACAUACUUGAUCGAUAGGAAAUUUGCUAUUCGACGCAUUCAGAUGCGGUUCCCACUUUCUGGUCAAGAUAUUAAUAAGACGCAUCACAUUACUCUACUUGAUGGUGAAAUGGUGCUGGACUUCGAUCCUGAAUCAAAGCUGAUGAUAAGAAGAUACUUAGCUUAUGAUUGCAUGGCUUUUAAUGGGGAGCUUCUUGCUGACAAACCAUUUCUCUAUCGAUUUCAGAUGCUCAAUUCGGAGGUAAUUGAACCAAGAAAACGCUUUUUUAGUAAGAUGCAAAAAUCAAAUUACUACGAUAUUGAACGCGAGCUAUUUACUAUUAGGCAAAAGAAGUUUUAUCCAUUAUCUUCUACAAGAGCUUUACUUGAAAGUUUUAUUCCAAAUCUUUGUCAUGAAUCAGAUGGCUUAAUAUUUCAACCCCAAAGUUCAAAGUAUGAACCAAACACUGUCGAUACUCUGUUGAAGUGGAAGUUUCCUAAAAUGAACUCGGUCGAUUUUUUCCUGAAAUUUGAGGAAAUAGCGAGCAAUGCUAUGGAGCCUAUGUUAUAUGUUGGAGGGAAGGAGGGAAAAUUGAUAAGAAUAAAUGAUAAAAUCAGCUCUUACACGACUGAUCUUAUGAAGUUAGAUGGUAAAAUAGUUGAAUGUUCUUGGGACUUCAGAAGCAAAGAGUGGGUAUAUAUGCGUACAAGAUUAGAUAAGAUUUCUCCAAAUUUUGUCACGGUAUAUGAAAAUACUGUGUUAUCCAUUAAUGAUAAUAUUACUAGUGAGGAUAUUUUAAGACUAGCAGAACUUUGUUCGUGA